CACAGGGUCAGGGCUACGGGUAACAUCCGGGUACUUUCUUAUCAUACGAAUGCAUGAUGGCGGCUGUCUGUUUGACUGCCGAUAACCUGAAGAAUUGGGAAAAGAGCGGAAAAACCGACUUUCUGAAAUUAUGUCGGAGCCUGGCACACCAAGAUGUAGACAGUCUGACGGGAACUAGCAAUACUAAAGAUCUCAGAAGAGCUCUGUAUGAGCUGUGCUUACAGGUAGUGAAGGGGGCCAUCAGACAUGACAGUGCAGUCAAGGUGCUACUGGAGCUGGGGGAUGUUAAGAGAGACUUGUCUCUCAUCAUGGCUGAUAUCCUGUCACUUGUAGAUAUGGACACCAUUUGUCAUGAAGACAAAACACAGAGAGAACGCUUCGUAUCCCUCGUGUCAGCCUGCAUGCCAAGUGUGGUGCCUGAACACGUGCUGAAAGAGAGACUUGAAGUGGAGUCCCUGGAGGCAGUUUCCCUCAUAACUCAAGUCAAAGUGUUCAACGUUAAAUAUGUCAAGACAAAGACCAAACUUUUCUACAAACAGCAGAAGUUCAACUUACUACGUGAGGAGAGUGAGGGUUACGCCAAACUUGUGACAGAGCUGGGCCAGGACAUGUCAGGAGCAGACACCAGCAAUACUGUCCUAGAAAACAUCAAAUCUCUUAUAGGCUGCUUCAACCUUGACCCUAACCGUGUCCUUGACAUCAUCCUGGAGUCGUUUGAGUGCCGUCCCCACCUCCAUGACUUCUACAUCUCCCUGCUGAAGUCCUACAUGACGGAACCCUCCACACUGUGCCAUGUACUCGGCUUCAAGUUCCAGUUCUACCAGGAUGAAACGGGAGAGAAGACGCCUUCUUCACUCUACAAGGUGGCAGCACUCCUGCUGCAGUACCAGUUGGUGGAGCUAGAGGCGCUCUAUGCACAUUUGCUCCCCUCCGACAAUGACAUCAAUGAGAAACACAAGCGAGACGGUCUGGAGGCACGGCAGCAGGCCAGGAAGAUGUCCAUGGUCAUCCUGUCAGACAAGAAGGAGGAGGAGAAGGAGGAGGACAAGGACAGUAAGAAUGACCAGCAGGGAGACAACCAGAAGUUUGGACUGUGUGAGGCCCUGUUGAGGAUAGGAGACUGGCCCCAUGCCCAGCGGAUCAUGGACAGGCUGCCUCACCACGUGGCUGUAGAACAGCGCUCCAUUGCUGCUGCCCUGUGUGCCUUGAUCCACGCCACCAUAGAGCCGCUGUAUAGAAGGGUUGGGGUGCCGAAAGGUGCGAAGGGUCGUCCUAUCGCGCGGCUGGAUAACGAUCAGGCGCCUGCGCAGGUGCAGCAGUACGGGGACCUGCCGCAGCACGUGUUCGUCAUGCUGCAGCACCUGGGACCUCACCUGGCCUGCGACACUGUCCUCAUGGCCAAGGUCAUCAGGGUCGGCAAGGCCUUCAUGAAGGAGUGGAGUGAGAACCCUGGUAGGAAACAGGAGCUGUGUGCUGUGUUCUACGGGCUGCUGACGGCUACAGACGAGGUGCUGCUGCCCACCAUGUCCAUGUUAGACGCCAACUGCUGCAUGUCCGAGGAACUCUGGAGCCUCAUCAAAACAUUCCCCUACGAGUACAGAUACCGUAUGUACGGCCAGUGGAAGAACCAGGCCUACGCGCUGCACACCCAGCUGAUUAGGAUCAAGGCCCAGACCAUGGACAAGACCAAACACAUCAUGAAACGUCUGACCAAGGAGAACAUCAAACCCAUGGGCAGGCUCAUAGGCAAGCUCAGCCACGCUAACCCUGGGGUGCUCUUUGAAAUCAUCCUGUCACAGAUCCAGCGCUAUGACAACCUGAUCAACCCGGUGGUGGACUCGCUCAAGUACCUGACCACACUGUCGUACGACGUGCUGGCGUACUGCAUCAUCGAGGCGCUGGCCAACCCGGAGAAGGAGCGGAUGAAGCACGACGACACCACCAUCUCCCUGUGGCUGCAGAGCCUGGCCAGCUUCUGUGGAGCCAUCUUCAGGAAGUACCCCAUCGAACUGACAGGGCUGCUGCAGUAUGUCGCCAACCAGCUCAAGGCUGGGAAGAGCUAUGAUCUCCUGAUCCUGAAGGAGGUGGUACAGAAGAUGUCGGGUAUCGAGAUCACAGAUGAGAUCACCAGUGACCAGCUGGAGGCUCUGUCAGGGGGAGAACUGCUCAGAGCAGAGGGCGCGUACUUCGGACAGAUCAGGAACACGAAGAAGUCGUCCCAGCGACUGAAGGAUGCCCUGUUAGAGAGUGAGCUAGCCCUGCCCCUCAGCAUGCUGAUGGCUCAACAGAGGAACCACGUGGUGUUUAAGGAAGGCGGAGAGAUGCAUCUUAAACUGGUUGGCAACCUGUACGACCAGUGUCAGGACACGCUGGUCCAGUUUGGAGGUUUCCUGGCCACCCAGCUGAGUACAGAAGACUACAACAAGAGUUUACCCCCCCUGGACAUCAUGGUCACCACCUACCACACCCCUCCUGACGCUGCCUUCUUCCUGUCCAGGCCCAUGUAUGCUCACUCUAUCAACACAAGGUACGAUGAGCUGAAGAAGGCAGACAAGGGCAGUAAAACGUCCAGCUCCCAGAAGACACAGCGUUACAUCCAGGCAGUGACGGAGGUCACCUCUCCUGUCAUCGAGUCUGCACGGGUCAUCCACCCACCCAAGGUCUGGGACGACAUCAGCCCACAGUUCUAUGUCACCUUCUGGUCCCUGAACAUGUACGACCUGAGUGUUCCCAGUGGAGCCUAUGAGAAGGAAACACAGAAGCUGAAAUCCCAGCUGUCAGCCAUAGAGGACAACAGGGAACUGGCCCAGAGUAAGAAGAAGAAGGAGAAGGAGCGAUGUGUUGCCCUGAUGGAGAAACUUCGUGAGGAGGAGAAGAAACAACAGGACCACUGUAGCCGGGUCCUCGCCAGGCUCAAACACGAGAAGGACUCAUGGUUCAUGUCUAGAUCCACAAAGAAUGAAACGAUCACCCAGCUGCUGCAGUUGUGUAUCUUCCCUCGCUGCCUGUACACAGCCAACGAUGCGGUGUACUGCGCCAAGUUUGUGCACAUGAUCCACAACAUGAAGACUGAGAACUUCUCCUCACUGCUGCUGUACGACAGGGUCUUCUCUGACAUCUCGUACAUGGUGGCCAGCUGUACCGAGAGUGAGGCGCGCUGCUACGGACGCUUCCUGUCCGCCAUGUUGGAAACCGUCAUGAGGUGGCACAGUGACAAAACCAUCUACGAGAAGGAGUGCUGGGGGUACCCUGGGUUUGUGACAGUACUCAGGGCAUCAGGAGCAGGCAGCAGCAGCAAGGCAGACCAGCUGGACUAUGAGAACUUCAGACACGUCUGUCACAAGUGGCAGUUCAAGCUCACUAGGGCCCUAGUGAUCUGUCUGGAGUCCCAGGACUAUGUACAGAUCAGGAAUACACUCAUCGUCCUCACAAAGAUCCUACAGUACUACCCCAUGGUACAGAACCUGGCACUGGCCCUGGAGCGCCGCGUGGACAAAAUACGGCAGGAGGAGAAGGAGAAGAGACCGGACAUCUAUGCUCUUGCCAUGGGCUACACAGGUCUGUUGAAAGGCAAGAAGGGUCAGCUGGUUCCCGAGCACGAGUUUCACCUCAAGGAAGCGCUCAAGGCGUCUUCCAAGAACGGGCCUGUCUCGAUCUCCGCCAACUCAUCCGGUCUGGUGGGGUCCUCUGGGAAGUCAGACGGGUCCAAAGACUCAGGGAGAAGUGGUGCUGAGUCAUCGAAAGGGAAGCAAGGGAAAGAGGAGAAAUCCAAGGAUAGCUCGACAGAUGGAAGUUCCAACGACAAGUCAUCUUCCAGCUCAGCCAGCAAAUCCUCAUCAGCCAGCAAGAGUGCCAUGAACGGUGAAGUAUCCAUGUCCUCAAGCAAGAAAUCUGACUCAAAACAAUCUUCUGAAAAGACCAAAGACAAGGAGAAGAAAGAGAAGUCCCACAACGGUGAGAAGUCACACAAGGAGGGCAAGGGUCACAAGGAGGACAAAGGUCACAAGGAGGACAAGGGUCACAAAGAGGGCAAGGGUCACAAGGAGGACAAAGUUCACAAGGAGGAGAAAGUCCGUGAGCAUCGCAGUCACAGCAAGGAGAGGGAGAAGAGCCACCGGUCACCCAGCGUCACGUCCAACGGAAGUGGGAAUGGGAAGCCAGGAAAGAGGUCAACCGAAGCAUCACCUAGAACAUCUGACUCUGAGAGGGAGCACAAGCGUAGUAGGAAGGAGGAACAUAUGUCAUCAGCCUCGUCAGCGACGUCAGCAGUGGCAGCUAAGGAUGGUCAUAGGGCAGAGCAUAAGGAGGCAUCUCAUAAGAGCCCUCGGUACUCCAGCCCAGCCCAGCCCCUGACAGAGAAGGAAAAGAAACGUGCCAGCAAAGAAAAGGAGAAGGGAGAGCGAGAUCGGUCCAAGGAAAGGGAUGGGGAGAAGCGCAGAGAAUCCAAAGAACACAGAAAAAGAAAGAGCGAGGAGCCUCCAUCAAUGACAGAGUUCCAGGAGUCCAAGAGAAGAAAAGAUGAAGAAAAAGGAAAGUCUGGCAGUGACUCUAGAAGAAGCAGCCAGGAGAAGGAGAAGCCUCGCACCCCACAGACCACACCCAAAAUCAGCAAGCUGGCCAAGGAGUCUGGAGAGAAAGGGAAGAAGGAGUCCAAGGAUAAGGAUAAGGAAGAGAAGAAAAGCAGCAAAGAGAAGAAAGUGGAACGGAAAGAAGAGAAGAAACAUUCCUCUCACAAGUCGGAGAAGAAGAGAUAGAAACCGGAGAUGGUCCAAUUACAACCCGACUGUCAUAUCAAUGCUGCUGCCAUGUCAACCAACAUCUGCUAGUACAGCAGUCUUAUUACUUGUACAGAGCAAAUCUGCAAAGUGUUACCUUUUCUGUUAAUAAACACUUUUAAGGAGAGACUUUGUCCUAGCAAGCCGACCAUACUGGUUAGAAACAGCGUGUUUCACCAAAAAUGUAUACGAAAGACAAUAGGAGAGGGAGAAGUUUCUGCUUUUGACACCAGCUUUAGACUACGUUUUUGUACAAAGAUAAAGUCUUGAUGAAAGUGAUGGUGGCUUUUGAAAACUACAGAUAACAUGGUUCAACACAGCUGAAAAGGAUUAUUUACUAGUAGUUAUUCACAGUUCUUUCCAAGCAAUACUUCAUGGCUGUCAUUUAAGAAUCAUGCCAUUUUAAAUUGUCCUUUUGACUCCAAGAUUUGUUGUACCUCAUACGUUUGUGUCUUUGUAUAGUAGCUUCUCUUAUGUGUCUUCUUAAAGCCUACACAGCAAUGGUUUUCUUAUCGUAUAGCCAGUCUUUAAUUAUGAAAAAAAAGCACUUCUUUUCUGGAGAAUAGCAAGGUCCCAAAACAGUCAUUUUUAUUUAUUUUGUUCUCAGGUUUUUCUCUUCAGGAAGGACAGGGAUUUCAAAUGGCCAAAUUAUUGGCACAUCUUUUAUCGUGUCAUGGUGAAAGAGUUUGUAAAGAUUAUGAAGUUGGCCUGAUGUUGCACAAGCCAACAUGUAGAAGGCUGUAUAAGAGGGAUAGGUUGGAUACUGAAAUAUGUCAAAUUUUACAAAUGUAGGCAUCACAGUUGGGUCACCUUGACUACAGUAUUUUCUCUUCAUUUAGAUGAAUCUGUGAACAAAGUAAAGAAUUAUGGUGACUGAAAUGGUAAACCAGGUGCUUGAAUGUUCUUUUUGCUUCCACAAGAUAAAAAAAAGAUGAUUAAAAGUCCACCCAUGUU